UUUUGAGCCCCGCGUGAUCAUCCUACCCGUUCAGUUGAAAAAAAAAAUGAUACGCUUCCGCUUUUUAUUCGCCCCAAAAAUUUAGAGAGCUCCCCUCUAUACACCCAUUACGAAAAUUGAAAUUCUCCCAAAAAUAAAUAAUUAAAAAUAAAAAUAAAAAGUAUUUUUUUUUUGAAUUAUUUUCGUUUUCUGGAUUUCUUUUCCUUUCUCUGUUGGAGAUGAAUGGAGAGGGAAAAGAAAGUAAGGAAGUGAAAAUGGAGGAAGCAGUUAACAAAGAGCGCGUGGUUUUCAUGUGGGGAUAUUUGCCUGGCGCGUUACCUCAACGGACGCCGCUUUUAUCGCCGGUGAAUGUGCGGAUUCCGGCUUCCGCAGGUUGUUCUUGGACCGACGUCUGUGGUGGUGGUUGUGGAUUCGCCAUGGCCAUUUCUGAUUCAGGGAAGCUCAUCACAUGGGGUUCAACAGAUGAUUUGGGUCAAAGCUACGUCACAUCCGGGAAGCAUGGGGAAAUUCCAGAGCCAUUUCCACUUCCAACUGAAGUUUCUGUAGUAAAAGCAGCAGCUGGUUGGGCUCACUGUGCUGCAGUUACAGAAACUGCAGAAGUUUAUACAUGGGGGUGGAAAGAGUGUAUUCCCUCAGGAAAGGUAUUUGGUGAUCUACCCAUGGGGACAAGCUUAGAGAAGGAUGUAUUUGAAAGACAGAACUCACUUUUGGCAGAACAAGUGAGCCCUCGGUCUCAAGGCUCAAGAUCAAGUGGUGGGACAUUUUCUGCUGCCGAUAGUAAAGGAGGGGGGGAGGAAGGUACAAAAAGAAGAAGAACAUCAUCAGCAAAACAUUCUGCUGAAAGCUCAUCGUCCGGUGAUGAAACUCUAUCGGCACUGCCAUGUCUAGUAACUUUGAAUCCGGGAGUGAGGAUUGCGACUGUAGCUGCCGGUGGGCGCCAUACUCUAGCAUUAUCAGAUAAUGGGCAGGUCUGGGGUUGGGGCUAUGGAGGUGAGGGACAGCUUGGUUUGGGUUCCAGGAUACGUAUGGUAUCCUCGCCUCAUCCCAUACCUUGUAUUGAGCCCUCUUCUUUGGGGAAAGAUAGAGCUUCUGCACUUUCUCGAGGUAGCUUGAGUUCAGAAAGGCAGAGUUUUAGAGUUCCUGGAAGUUAUGUGAAGGGGAUUGCCUGUGGGGGGCGACACAGUGCAGUAAUCACAGAUGCUGGAGCAUUGCUUACAUUUGGUUGGGGCCUCUAUGGACAGUGUGGGCAAGGAAGUACAGAUGAUGAAUUAAGCCCAACUUGUGUAUCUGCCUUACUGGGCAUCAGGAUAGAGUCGGUUGCAGCAGGACUGUGGCACACAGUUUGCGUGUCCACUGAUGGUGAUGUGUACGCGUUUGGUGGGAAUCAGUUUGGGCAGUUGGGAACUGGAGGCGAUCAAGCUGAGACUAUCCCGAGACUCUUGGAUGCUCCGAGUCUGGAAAGUACGAAUGUUAAAAUUGUCUCGUGUGGAGCUCGUCACAGUGCAAUAAUCACAGAGGAUGGCAAAAUAUUUUGCUGGGGAUGGAACAAGUAUGGUCAGCUUGGUCUUGGCGACGUGAUUGACCGCAAUAUUCCAUCUCAAGUUACUAUCGAGGGUUGCAGUCCGGAAAACAUUGCAUGUGGCUGGUGGCAUACUUUGCUUCUGGCUCUAUCACCCACCUGAGAGUACUUUGACCCAGGCCUCAGAACAGUUUUGUUAGGAUGAUUUCGCAUUUUACUUCCAGAAAACUAGGCUGCUCGCUCUCGACUUCAAAUGGAUGAUUUCAGCUUUGUGUUUUUCACUUUCCCGGAAGCCAAACAGGAUUUUUUCAUACAGGCAAGUGAAAAAUAAAUUAGAAUGGAGAAAAGACAAAAUAACUGGUUCAUAUAUUAACUGCAGGUUUUUUUUUUCCACUCAUUUUAGUGUUGGAAUCUCUUUGAAUGUUUAGAAUUCUAGAGUAGAAUUAGGAACUCUGAUAUGAUUAGUUGAAGGGGUAGUUUGUGGUUAAGUUUUAGGGUUUGGCCUUCGAAAAAUAUGGAACUGAUUUGUUUUUUUUAGUUAGUUCCACCGUUAAUGAAUCUUGAUUACUAAGGAAA